AUGGAUUAUACUGAUUAUGAUUUGAUUUUUGGUAUUUCAGAUCAUGCAGUUGAUGUUGAAGUUCAUGCUCCUGAUAAACAUAUACCAGAAUUUGCAAAGUUAACUGAUGAAUCUACAUCAACUUCACAACAAAGCAAAAAUAUGCAAAACAGUCCAGUGGAGGGGGAGAAAUUGGAUUCGAGUACUUUAAAUAAUGAAGAGCAUUCUUUCAAGGAGGAGAAAGAUCAAAUGAAUGUUGAAGUUGAGGGGGAGCAUGUUGUUGAGGGGGAGCAUAAUGUUGAUGAUGCUUGUUCGAAUGCAGGCUCGGAAAAUGAUGAAAUAUACAAAGAUGCACCUUUGGAAUUUGAUCUAGCAUAUCCACCAAUGGAAAAAUGGACAAGAGAUCAUCCGAAGGAUCAAGAAGAAAAGAAGUCGAAAAAGUCAAAGAAGGUUGCUCCUACUUCACCUAAACAAAAGACAAAGGGUUCGAAAUCCUCUAAGUCUCCAAAGAAGCAGACUGAAAAUGUUGAAGUGACAGUUGAUGAAACACAUGUGAUUGAGCCAAUUAUGGAAGAGACUCAAGAGAAUGUCAUUAUUCCUUCGAAAACUAGGAUGUUUAGAAGAAUCAAGAUGAAAUCUACUCACAAACGAAAGUCAUCAUCACAGACGAUGGUUCGCAAAACUCAAAUUACUCACCAAGGAGUUUUAAUUCGUGAGUUACUUGUUCCUGUUUCUCCCGGGUCCAAGAAACGAGUAGCAGAAGAUAUAGCAAAACACUUGUCCCAACCGAAGAAGAAGAAGAAGACGAAGAAGACUCGAAAGCUUGUUUUAUCUACUGUGUCUAGAGAAGAAGAUGAACGAAUACCAGAAACUCCAGAGUUCACUCCUAUCAAUACAAGUUCCAUUCUUGAGAAGACUGUUAUCAUACCACCCGAAGUUUCGAUUGUCGAGUCAAUUUUUGAAGAGGUUCGAACUUCAUACAUCCCUACACACGUAUCUGAUAUGGAUGCAAAUGUCAACAUGGGUAAAGGAGGUUCGAAAGAUGCAGAUCAAGGUCCAAUUAUCUAUCCUGUUACACCAACAUCUACUAUUCCUCUCACAUCAACCACUGUUUUGCCAACCUUCGAACAUAUCAUCAGUCAACCAUUCACUUCCAUUUUUCCUUCUCAAUCCACUGAUACACCCAAACCAUCUUCACCAACUGAAACUGAUAAUGAAGGGUUUGGCGGUACGUUCAAAAAUCUGGAAUUUCAUGAAGAUGAAGAAGAAUUCCUGAUUACAUGUUGA